AUGGAAAAGGACAGCUUUCUCCUCUGCCUCUUCAGAGUCUUCCUUUUAUGCCUGGUAGCCCGGAGUGAUGGUGCCAGCAACAGGAGACCCGUCUUCUCUGGGUCAGUACAAGAGAACCGACCAGCAGGUACCAAAGUGAACGGGCUGACCGUGCACCUGAACCGGCUGAGCCCGGAGCCCUGGUGCUCCAAGGUGGCAGGCAGGAGGUGGCACCUGCAGCUUCUGGGGGAAGACGACUCUCACUUUGAGCUCUAUUUCCACCACAGGUAUGCUCAGCUGUCCCUCAGGACCGUUCAACAGCUGGACAGGGAGCUCCGGUCCAAAUACAUGCUGAGACUGGGGCUGUGCUGCAAACUUUGCUUGUCCCCUGAGCACACGGUGACAGAAUUGGCCCUUCUCACCAUCCACGUCCUGGACCUCAAUGACAAUGCCCCCCAGUUCAGCCCCACCAACCUGUCUAGGAUGAGCCUGGAAGUGACCACCAGACUUAAGUCUGAAGUCUAUAGGGUAAGCGCAGAGGACGCCGACCAGGGCACCAACUCAGACUUGGUCUACUUUGCAGACCCCAUCAGCAACUAUUUCUUUGUGAUCCCUAAAACGGGCCAGGUGGUGCUGGUGGAGUCCAUUCUGAACCUCAGAAAGAGUGUCAACUUGACUAUAUUUGCCAGGGACCAUGGGCAGCCUCCUCUGGUGAGUGCUCCCUUGGAAGUGGAGAUUUCCCCCAGGAUGAAGAAGUUCGGUGCUGUGGAUAGAGAAGAGGUGACUAGACUGAAGCGAUCCCUACUAGUGGACUCAGCUACACCAUCCACUUCUGAGGAUACUACCGGUGGCUCCUUCCUGGAGGUCUCGAGUUGUAAGCCUUCAGAAGCAAACAAAGACAGCCUAAAACGAUCCCCUGUCUCACUGGACUCCUCAGCUAUACCUUCUCCUGGUGUCACCACUGUUGAAGCCUUUUUGGAAGUCCAGCACAUGCUGAAACCUAUUGCUGAGGAUACCUCAACUGGUUCCCUUUGGAUAAGAAACCUUCCUAUAGCAGAUAUAGGGGACAUGCAGAGACCUAAACGAUCUACUUUCAUCCCACACCCCUCAACCACCCAUGAGGACCCAACUGAUGGCUCAUAUGCCACCACCAUGGACGUGGAGCCCUCUCCAAAAAAACAGACCUUCUCAGCUAUGGAAAGACCUAAACAUCCCUUAAUGUCAUCAGGCUCCUCUGAUGUGUUAGUUGUGACAGAUACAACUGUGGGGUUUCCUUUAGAAGUGGGUAUCCCCUCAAGGAUAAACGACCUUCCUAUACCUGACUCCUUGACCACUCAUGGGGGUCCCUCUGAUAGCUUAGUUACAGCCAUCAUGGAAGUGGAGCCCUCAUUAAGAAUAAAGACCUUUUCAGCAGAAGAUAAAGACACGGGCAGACCAAAAGGUCCCUUAUUGUCUUCACACCUCUCUUCUGGGUCAGUUCCUGAGGGUACCAUGGUUGCCAGUAACUUAGAAGUUGAGGUCUACCCCAGGGUCAAGGAACUGUCUGUAGCCGAUAAAGAGGAGGGUACAUGGGAGCAGAACAGGUUGAAGCGGUCCCCUGUGUCCCCAGAUUCCUUCUCUGCAGUGUCCAUUCCUGAGGAUACCCCUGCUGGCUCCAUCAUCACCACCUUGAUGUCUAGGGAACUCCAGUCCCCUUGGUAUGAGCUGGUAUCUCCAUCCCCUGAAGACUCCCCUGUUGCUGUGAAUAGGAAUAAUGGGGACGUGUUGCUGAUCAGCACCUUGGACAGGGAAUCUCAGGACAGCUACGAAUGUCUCAUCAAAGUGCAGGAGAGAGCUGGUAAGGCCUGGCACCUCAUCCAUCUUCAGCUCACAGUCACUGACAUCAAUGAUGAGUCUCCACAGUGGACGAUGGAGCCAUUUCCGUACCUGGCGGCUGUGUCACCUCUGGCCCCGGCGGGCACCCGUGUCUAUAGAUUACACGCAGCUGACAAGGAUGAAGGGCCAAAUGGAGAAGUGGAGUACUUCCUUCGGGAAGGUGGAGCAGACAGGUUUAUGGUGGACAGAAGCUCUGGCUGGAUACUGACCACAGACAAGAGCCUGGAGGAGGAUAUGGAGUAUCUGCUGACGGUUGAAGCCGCUGAUAAACCUGGAAGGAGAAGUCCUGCAGUCACAGUGUCCGUGGUUGCUGGUGUCAGACCUCCACAGUUUAGAAAUGCGUCCUAUACUGUCUACGUUCCGGAGAACACUCCCUCAGGACAUGUACUGGGGACGGUGUCAGCGCUGUCCCACCAGAACAGGACAUUAAGCUACAGUUUGGUCUCAAACCCCCACAAUCUGUUCACUAUUCACCACCUGAACGGGGCGAUAUCGAUGACGAAGAGCAUGGAUUAUGAGACGGAACCCCACCAGUUUCUGCUCCUGGUGAGAUCAAGUGAAGACCACCAAUCGCUGGCCAGCACUGCGGAGGUUGCGGUGGUGAUUACGGACGUAAAUGAUUGCGCCCCCGAAUUCCAGCAGACGAUCUACAGCAAGGAAGGUGUCCCUGAGACCGUACCGCCGACAUCCACCCUGCUGCAAGUCACGGCCACCGACUGUGACACCGGCGCAAACGGCGAGCACUCCUAUUUCACGCUCAGCCCCGAUUUCAGCAUCUCCGAGCAGGGUGUCAUUAGCCCGGCACGGGGCCUGGAUUACGAGCGGCCGGGACACCUGUACGAGUUCGUCAUCCUGGCGUUAGACCGCGGCCAGCCGGCCAACACCGGGACAGCCACCGUCAGGGUCCGAGUGUCCAAUGUCAACGACGAGGCGCCCGUAUUUUCUAGAUAUCGGACGUUUGUGUCAGAAGACGCAGCCCCCAACACCCUGGUGGCCACAGUGCAAGCGUUCGACCCUGACGGAGACCGAGUCACUUAUGAAAUCUCUGAAGGAAACAAGGAGGGAAAUUUCGUUAUUGAUCCCCAGAAAGGUCUUAUUCGCCUUGGUCCAAGUCCUCUUCCCCAACUCCAUGGGACUGAGUACAUUUUGUAUGUGACAGCGGCAGAUGACAACGCCUCUGGCGGUCCGCACAGCCUUACCAGCACGGCCACAGUCAUUGUUCGAGUGGAUGAUAUUAAUAAUAAUAAGCCCAUUUUUCAUCAGUGUGCCGAGUACAGCAAGAAUGCCUCCAUUCUAGAAAACCAGCCUCCAGGGACGUUUGUGCUUCAAGUGGAUGCAAAAGACGCUGACAGCGGAGUGAAUGGGCAAGUGAAAUAUGGGAUCGUGCACAGAGAGGGAUACUUACCUGCGUUCACCAUCCACCCUGAUACAGGAAUUAUAACCACACUUCAAACAUUCGACCGGGAGAAGGAUAAAGAGUAUCCGCUGACCAUCAAGGCCACCGACCAGGCCAGUGACCCCCUCAUCAGCCUCUGUCAGAUAAACAUUGCCAUCCUGGACCAGAAUGACAACGACCCAAGCUUCGAAAACAACCGCUACGAGUAUUUCUUAAGGGAGGACGCGCCAGUCGGAACAAGUUUCCUGCGUAUUGCCGCCCACGAUGAAGACUACGGCCCAAAUGCGGCACUUACCUACUCCUUGGCGGGUGACGAGCUUCUGUUCUUCCAGAUUAACAGCACGACGGGGUGGCUGUACGUCAACCAGCCCAUAUCUCGGAAAUCCUUAAUAACACAAGAAGUAAUUGCAACAGAUGGUGGAAACCGCAGCACGCGGGUGGAGGUAGCAGUACGGGUGACGGAUGCCCAGAAUCAGCCACCGGUGUGGGAAAGAGAUAAAUAUGAAAUUGUCAUUCCUGAGAACACAUUGAGAGAUACACCUGUUGUGACUGUUAAGGCAAGAUCGCUUCUGGGGGAUCCUCGAGUGACAUAUAAUUUGGAAGAAGGACUGGUUCCUGAGAGUAACAUGCCAGUGCGUUUUUACCUGACAGUGAACCGGGAGGAUGGUUCCGCUUCAGUAUUAGUGGCUGAGAACCUCGACUAUGAAACCACCAGGAACUUUAUCUUGAAAGUCAGGGCUCAGAAUGUCGCUCCGGUGCCUCUAGCCGCCUUCACUACAGUGUAUAUUAAUAUUACAGAUGUGAAUGAUAAUGUACCGUUCUUCAGCUCAUCAAUAUACGAGGCUUCAGUGACUGAAGGACUUGAGUUGGGGACUUUUGUCCUUCAGGUUUCUGCAUCUGACCAAGACCUAGGUCUUAAUGGAGAGAUCAUGUAUUCCAUAUUGGAAGAUCGUAGUGGGGACCAUGCUCUGUUCCACAUAGACCCCGAGACGGGGAGCAUCUACACCGCAGCGGUCUUCGACCGAGAAGCAAAGACGUCAUACUUACUGGAGGUCAAAUCAUCCGACGGCUCGGAAUCAGCUCGACCGGGAAAACAUGGGCAGCCCAAUUCCGAUACGGCCUACGUGCGCAUUUUUAUCAGCGAUGUCAAUGAUAACCCGCCGGCCUUUGUGCAGAGCGCCUACUAUGUCAGCGUGGACGAGGACCAGGAUGUGGGUACAGUGGUGGCGACGGUGAGCGCCAGCGACCCUGAUGAAGGUAUGAAUGCCAAUAUCCGAUACCAGAUCACAUCGGGGAACAUAGGCGGAGUGCUGGAUGUCAACCCGGAGACGGGCGCCAUUUUAAUUGUGCACCCCCUGGAUUAUGAGGAGGUGAAGGUCUAUGUGCUCACCCUGUUGGCAUCUGAUGGGAAAUGGGAGGAUUACGCCACUGUGACCAUCAGCGUAUUGAACAAAAAUGAUGAGGCCCCGGUGUUUUCUUUGAACGAGUAUCGAGGAAGUGUCGCAGAGGGACUGGUUGACUUACCAAUGUUUGUAUUGCAGGUUUCUGCUAACGAUCCAGACCAUAACGAACUGGGAGGUUUAAAGUAUUCCCUGCACGGUAGUGGUGCUGAAACAGUCUUCACCAUCACUGAAAAGACGGGACAGAUCUUUGCCCUGCAGACCCUGGACCGUGAAGAACAUGCAGUGUGGAGAUUUGUGGUGCUGGCCACCGAUGACGACGGUGACGGUCUCACGGGAUUUACUGAUGUGAUCAUCUACGUACAGGACAUCAAUGACAAUGCCCCACAGUUCCUCUGCACCUUUAACAUUUGCAAUGCCAGCGUGAUGGAACAUUCACCACCAAGCACUUCAGUCAUGGAGAUGGCAGCCAUAGAUCUUGAUGAUAAAAAUGAAGGACAGAAUGCCAUUUUGACUUACUCAAUAGUAAACAGUCCACUGGAUUCCUCAAGCCAAAAGAUGUUUGCCAUAAACCAUGAGACUGGUACAAUUUAUACAGCUGUUGGAGACCUUGAUAGAGAAAAGAAUGAUACCUAUUUGAUUCUGGUAGAAGUUAAAGAUGGUGGUGGACUUUCGACCACAGGUACUGCAACAGUCACAGUGGUGGACAUUAAUGAUCACCCCCCAAGAUUCACUCAAGAUGUUUGGACCGCAGUCGUUUCAGAGACCAGUGAAGUCAACUUUAAGGUCCUUCAGGUCUCUGCAGUCGAUGAGGAUGUUGGAGAAAACGCUUUACUGACCUUCAGUAUAAUCGAGGGGGAUCCUGAUCAGAAAUUCUCCAUUGAAAACGGUAGGAAGAACCACUUGGCCGAAAUAAAAUUGAAAAAGAAACUAGAUUAUGAAAACCCUCAUGAGCGUUGGUUUAAUCUCACCAUCAAAGUAGAAGAUUUAGAGUCCUCUACUACUUCUCAUUGUCUGAUAGAACUGCAAGAUUAUAAUGACCACCCUCCAGUCUUUAGUCCAUCGCUGGUUCAUGUGGAACCUUUUUUGGAAAAUAUAACUGUAGGAAGCAUUAUAACUCGAGUGACCGCUACGGAUGCCGAUUCAAAAGAAAAUAGACAGAUAUCUUACAACAUUGAAGCAGACACGGAUGUUCUUGAAGAAUUUUACAUUGACCAAAAUGGUUCCUUGAUAGUGGCUAAACCUCUGGACCGAGAAACCAUAUCGCAGUAUGCUCUAGUCAUCUUGGCCAUUGAUAAAGGUUCUCCAGCGCAAACGGGCACAGCAACAGUGUCUCUCGCCCUUCUAGACAUCAAUGACAAUGGUCCAAGGUUCGACGGCUUGUAUAUGCCUGUAGUUUGGGAAAAUACCGCCUGGCCACAGACCUUACGUAUGAACGAAAGCUCUUAUUUGUUGUAUGUCGUAGAUGCGGACUCUCCAGGAAAUGGGCCGCCCUUUCGGUUUUCUCUUCCAAGUGACCUCCAGAAUUCCUCUGGCUUCCUGUUGGUUGACCAUGGAAAUAACACAGCCUCCAUCCAAACUCAGAGAAUCUUUGACCGGGAACAAGAGAAAGAGUUCCAUCUUCCUGUGAUCGUAACCGAUAACGGGAACCCUCCCAUGAGCGCCACGAAUACGCUGACGAUAACCAUCGGAGAUGAGAAUGAUAAUGGGCACAAAGAAGGACACAAGGAAGUCUAUGUCUAUCUUCAUGGAGAGCAUACGCAGAGCGACCUUGGCUUCAGUCAUUCAUGA